AUGUGCCCGGAAAUUUUGGCCACCCCUUUGCGUGACGUCAUUCGGCCAGCCGUGACGUUCCUCCUCCGCGAGGCGCAAGUCCGGGGGAGGGAUCUCCGCCACGUCAUCAACCGCCGGCCGCGUCUGCUUACUCGCAGCGUGGAUCGCCAGCUCCGGCCGACCCUUUACUUUCUCCAAGGUACCAUCGGCAUUGAGGAUGUCAGCAGGUGCGCGCCGCUCUUAUCUUGCUGUGUGGAAACCAAAUUCAUUCCUCGUCUGGACUAUUUUUUAAAACUCGGGCUUCCUAAAAGGGACGCCAUUUCGCUCUUCCGGAGGUUCCCGUCGUUGUUUUGUUACAGUGUGGAGGAGAAUUUAGAGCCCAAAUUUAAUUACUUUCUGGUGGAAAUGGGGAGGGAGCUGAGGGAAUUGGUUGAUUUUCCGCAUUAUUUUUCUUUUAGCUUAGAGAAUAGGAUAAAACCCCGGCAUAAGAUGUGUGUGGAUAAAGGAGUGUAUUUGUCUCUGCCUGUGAUGUUGAAGACCCCGGAAUCCCGGUUUCGAAAGAGGUUGGACGUUUGCUGUAAUUCUUCAAUUCCUUUGAGAAGUUCUCCAUUAUGGCGUAACAAUGGAACUCUCGAUGAAGAGGCGAUUCCCUCUGGCUCUGCAAUAAGUCGUAUGUAUAAGAAACUUGCUGCUAUGAAGAUUGAUCACAGCUUGAUGUUGCAAUUUGCAUCAUUGAGAGUGGAAACAUCUGCCCUUUUUACAGCUUAA